AUGCUCAAGUUAUGGAGGGAUAGGGAAGGACACCGCGCAACCGUGGGACGUCUUGAGACCGCCCUUAAUCGAAUCAAACAGCAAAGGAUCGCAGACACGUUGUUAGGUAUUUAAAUCAGAAUGUUUUUUAAAAAUCAUUCAUCUCGAUUGAAUAUAAUCCAGAGUAUUUACUGAUGAGGUCUUCAAAUCUACUCUGAUGCAAUUUCAGGUGGUCACGGUGUUUUUAGUUGCUGUCAGAACCUGCAAUUUGCAUUUGCAGUAUUAAUUCACAUUAUCUAAAUUCUCUCAUCAUUGAUUUUCUUUGUUUCUGGAAUAGACAUUGCUCGAGAGGAAAAACUUAGAGAAGGCGAACGAAAAGGCGAGGAGGCAGAAGAGCAUCAAGAAACAUGCAGCAGCCCGUUGGAAGGUAUGACCAACAUUUACAGAGAUUUUUCCUUUACACUCUCUGAAGAAUUACUGAAUGCAUGAAUAUUGAUGCAUAAAACAUUUCAAGUGUCUCUCGCUUUCUAUAUGAUCUUGUCUGAAUUCUUUAAAAGUUCUAAGUUGUAAUGUAUCCCCAGGUGACUCAGGCAGUUAUAAAAAGUCUUCUUAUAGUGGUCCAGGGCAUCGGAAAGUAUAAGAGUAAUCACCUUUACUGAUUCACUGUUUGAGAUGCACUUUAUCUUGUGUUUCAAUACAUUUUAAUUUUUUGAUCGGCGCCAUUUCUUUUCUGAUUACCGUUUAAUAAGUUAAGCUGCAUGGCGAUCGGGGCCAGAAUUUCUUCUCCCCUAUUGAGAAGCUCAAUUUCAGGCUUGUAGAGGUCCUUGUUGUGAUCAAAUUAAAUUAUUAAAUCUUACUUGGGAUUUACAAAUCAGCCAGACAUGUUUUUAUCAUGGUUUGUUUUGAAUUCUUUACUUCACUCUCACCAAAAACUCUCAGUGAGUAACCAACUGUGUCGUAUAUUCACAUUGAAACAGGAAGUGAAAAAUGGGAAUUGGAUGAGUUAAGAGAAAGUCUCAGAAAAGUUAAGGAGAUGAAUCAAACCGUGACGAGGCUUAAAUCUGGAGUAGGUGAGUUUCAGUUCUGAGUGUGCUUAACCUUUUAACCCCUGAGGGUGACUAGCAUCUAAUUUCUCCUUACAAUAUCACCCCUUGAAUCACACAUUAAGGUCAUGAGAAUAAAGGAAACUGAUCACCAACAAACGAAGCUCCUGAUUGUUAAACAAAUUCUUCUUGUUAGCACCUUAGGAAAUGUAUAGAGAUAGUAAAGAUAAAAUGUACAAUGAUGAUAGGGUGUAAAGGGUUUAAAACCAUGCAAUCGUUACGAUUCUUCUUCAAUAGACUAUUGACAUGCUGAUUCUUUAUAGGCUCUGCACUGACAAUCGCCGAUGUUCUGUAAAAUUCGAGCAUUUGCCGGACACAUCAUCAACUCGAUCUACCUAGUUUUUUUUCCAGUUAAAGUCUUGCCAUCAUGAGUCGUAUAUGGUCAAGUUACAAAGUUGCAAUUUUUGACAUUAUUUGAUGGUACAAACCGCUCGUUGAUUGGGUUUAAGAGUAUACUGUGCUGCUUAGAGUAUGUUAGGGAUAAAAUAAGGUUUCUGUUGAGUUGAGUGUUUUCCAGCCUAUUGUAUCUUUCUUUGUUUUCGAUCAAUCUAGGGAUGUUUUUUAUUAAAACGUUUUAAAACGCUUAAUCUACUAGAUCAAGGUUUAUCAGUAACUUUUAAUCAAGUAAGGAAAGUUUACUUGUAUUUCUUAUAAAUCACUUUUGAUUAAUAGAUGAUUAAUAGAGUGCUCCUUACGAUGGUUGUCUUGUUGGCUUUGAACAAUGUAGAUAAACUUCCCAGGAGGCAGCAGAACGCGAGGAGGAACGAGCCACUUGAAACGAUGCACAACCUUCUGAUGGAAGUAGCUGCAUUGAAAGAGGUCAUUGAACAAAACAUUUUAGUAUGUAUAGCGGAGAACGAAAACGUAGAAGGGUUGAGAGAAAUAACUGAAAAAGUCAGAAAGUUUAAGCAAGAUUUCUCAUAAACGUCGGUUGUCAAUAGUAGAUAAAAUAGGAGCCGAAAGCUAGGUUGGAAAGAACGUGGUUUAUGAGAUAGGGUUCUAAAUUGCCACCGGCUGUUCGCCGCGAUUGAGAAUUUUAGACUGAUUUUGAUUAGAAUUUCGCCAGCGGGCGACUAACUUUUAGUCUUUUCAAUGGUUUUCGUGUCAGUCAUCCCCUUAUCAAACAAAACGUCCGUAACAUUCUCAUUAUACUCUUUAACACUCAGCUGGACAUAAUUUAGAAGUAGGGAUAUCUUGGAGGCAAAGAAACUUUCUUUUUUUUGCAUUUUAAAUUUUUCUGUUGACCAAAAUGUACCACAUGACGAUUGGAAAAAAAAAUUUUAAUGCAGCUAUGGCACUCGCGAUUUCGUGCCUUGUUUUACAGUAUUGGAACAAAAAGUGCAAGGCAGACUGAAACGUCUUCUAUGGCUAAAGUUAUUUAUAUAUGAAGCAACAACAUCUUUCAAUUCAUGUCAGUGAUGUAUAUACCUGGAGUGACGCAGGUUUGUCCAAAGCUUGACGAGCUUUAAUGUUUUCUUGACUAUGUAGCCUUUCGACGUAGCCUAAUUAUAACUGAUAGUGGUAGAACUUUCUGGUCUUGAACAAUAAACAGUUAUUCUUUUGAUACUUAACAAUAAAUCCGUCUUUGAAAAAUUGUUUGUUUGUCGUACU